ACUGCUUGGUAGUAUAGUCUGUUUUUGUGAAAUGUUCACACUUUUCAUUUUGAUAUUUGUGUGUUUGUGUUAUACGUACUUAAAAUAUCUGUGUUUGUAAAUAAUACGAUCUCUAAAGUGGUUUCCCAUGGCAUUUUAAAUUAUGUGUCGGCUUUAACAUUUGUCAUCCAGCCACUAGUAAAAUCAAUUCAUAACAUGUUAUCACAAUUUGAAUGCAAACCCAUGCCAUACAAAUUGUAUUUGGCGAUUGUUGAAGAUUUUAACAAACUUACAUCUUUUAGUCGAAAGGCAGAAAAUAUGAUUAGGAAAAAAUAUAAAGACAUACCAUCUGCAACCAUUGGAAGUAUAAUUUCAAUGUUGGUACAGAGAUCUAUGAAAUUAAAUUAUAGAAAAUCACCUGUAAUUUCCAGUAGAUAUUAUGAUUUAUAUGAAAAUUUAAUCAAGAAAGAAGAGAAAAGUGAAGUUAUCAUACAAUUGGCUGAUAGCCAAGGUAUUAGCCCUGCUCUAUUCGUCAGAUCGCUGCUACAAAAUGUAUACCCAGACUCCACAAUGGUAAAAAAAUGUUUAAAGGAUUCAACAAUUAUUGAAAAUAAAGAUUUAGCUUAUCAAGUGUUUUUGGGUAUCAUGCACGAUAAUCAAUAUGGCCCAUAUGCUGAUAUAAUAAAACAGUCUAUUGGACUGGAGUAUGAACUACGAUUAGAACAUGAGUUAAAAACCAUGAAUAUAACGUUUUCUGAUGAAAGCAUACUUAGGCUAAGAGGUUAUGACAAAACCCCCGACUUUAAAUUAGAUGUACCCAUUGCUGUGGAUGGAUUUGUUGUUAAUUGGAUUGAAAGCAAAGCGCUAUUCGGUGAUGAAGAGAAUCAUUUAGGAUAUCUAAAAGAACAACUUAUUUGUUACUGGAAUAGAUUUGGUCCAGGUCUUGUAAUAUACUGGUUUGGAUAUUUAGACAUUCUUGAAAAUACUCCUGAAGUAAACAGCAUGUUUAUUCUGAGAACUAAAUUUCCCAGCAAGGAUACUAUAACUCAAUAUAAAAUUGAUACGUAAUUAAUUUUUUUUAAUAAUAAUUUUGGUGAUUCCUAAUAAUUAGUAAAUAAGUAAAUUAUUAUACUAUGUAAAGCUGGA